GGAAUUCCCUAACCUUGACGUUUAAGUAGUGACGUGUGUCACACAUGUCACCCGUACACAAACAUGGCAGAUGUGUCAAAAGCCCAAAAAUUAGCGUCUGCUAGAAAAAAGUUCAAGGAGCUAAAAAAAGAAAAAAAGAAGAACGCGCAGAAGGUGAACGACGUCGCAGACUCUCCUCCCACGAGUCGGGAGCAGACCCCUGUGGAGAAUGUCGCGAGUGUGCAAGAUCAAACCGAGACACAGCUCCCCAAUUACUUCAAUAACGUAAACUACAACAAUGGGUAUCAACAGCCGGUGGCUUUUUUCGACAGUUUUGCGGAUACGAGUGUGUCGGAGUCGCCUCUGGCCAACGCGUUCGGCGACUUGAAUGACCAUGAACAUGUGGAAAGUAACGAAAAUCACGAGGAUGUGGUGUUAGGUAAUGAAAGUAAAGAUUUAGUAGAAGAAGUGGUUGAAGAUGGCGUAACAGUAGACAAUAAAAAUGAAGAGAUAGCGGACUUCCAUGCCUUUGAUACUGUAAAACUAGAGAGUUCACGGCCCACUCAGUUGUCAAGUGUGGAAAGUUUGCGCCAGAUAUCCGAUCAAAUGGCGGAACUUAUCAACCCCACGUCGGAAAAUUCGAGUGGGGUGAUUGAGUCGCAGCUGGAGACGCGAAAUCAGGAAUUGGCGACUUUGUUGAACCAAGAGAGGGUGAAAUCAGAACAUUUAGCCAUCACGUUGCAAGAAUAUCAAAAUAAAAUGUCUCAGAUGGAGGCGGAGUUGAGGGAGAGAGAUAUCAACUCUGACACUAAAUUUAGCCAGGAGAUGAGCAGUCUGAGGGAACAGUUGCAAUGUCAUAUCCAAACUGUUGGAAUUCUAGUGGCUGAAAAAACAGAACUAGUAGCUAACUUAAGUCAGUUCCAAUUAGCCGCUAAACAAAAAACGUCGGAAUGUGAAGAACUCCAAGGAAGAUUAAAAACUUCAAGAUCCCGUGUCGCCGACUUAGAGCGCGAAAUCGUGCUCCUAAAAAACGAAAAAUCCCAGUUUGAUACUUUAGAAAGAGAACAAAGCUCUGAACUUGACACACUCAAGAAAACGUACCAAGUCCUAAAAGACGAAAGAGACGAACUCAUGCAAGACUUGCUAGAAGUCCGCGAAAAACUCAAAACCAGCUCUGAAAACAACCUCGUCUUUCAGCAACAAAUCGGCGAAUUAUCCAACCAACUCUCGCUCGCGAAUAUCAAAAUCCAGCAGCUGACGACUGGCGAAAUGGAUCACGUGAGCAGCCAAGUCCACCAACUAACCCAGGAAAAAUUCGCGCUGGAAAAGCAAGUCGCCGAUUUGACCCACACCGUGAAAACCAUCUCCAAGGAGCGCGAAGAAUCCAGUUUACAGUACCAGCAAUACGCGCAGCAACUCAACUCCCAGAUUACCAGCAUGGCCGGGCGGCUGGAGAAGCUGCAAAAGGAGAACGAAUCUCUUCAAGUACAGGAGCAGAACAGGAUUAAGCACAUCGGGGAGCUGGAGAAGCAGCUGCAGAGUCUCCAGAACGAUCACGUGAAUUUCGCCAUUUCGCGGAACGUGGGGGACUCGCGGGCCGAGUUGGACGCCGCGCUGGAGUUGGUGGAGAAGUUGAAGUCGGAGAACGCGGAGUUGCAGGGGGAUAAUGUUAAAGUUGCGGAUGAGAAGGAGUUGUUGUUGAAGGAUUUGGAGGCGCAGGCGGAGAGCGUGCGGGAGUUGGAGGGGCUGUUGGAGGAGCUGAGGGGGAAUCAGCCGGACACGGUGAAGUUGCUGGCGACGAUGGAGAGCGACAAGGUGGCGGCGGCCAGGGCGGUGGCGCAGAAUGCGGAGUUGAAGAGCCAGAUGGAGAGCAUGCAUGAAGUUUUUAUGAAGUUGAACAAUGACAAAAUAGAACUCACCGAAAAACUCACCUCCGAACAGCGCAACAACAAGGACCUCUUCGAAAAGCUCCAGAAAACCGAAGUCCACUUGCAAACUCUAGCAGACGCCAUUGAAAUAAAAGACAAAGAAUUAUCGCACCUUCGUGAAAACUCGCUCCAACUCGACAAACAGAUGCUACAAUCCGAGCAACUGACAGACCGACUGCGCCACUACGAAGCACAAGACCACAGCACCCAGUCCCUACAAAACGAGCUCCAAGAAUCCAAGCAAACCAUCGCAAACCUCACGGCCGAAAUCGAGCACUUAAAGCACGCUGAAGAUGAAACCGACGCGAAAACCGAAGCCACUGUUGACGCGAGCGAAAUCGACGAACUGAAGCAAAAACUGGAAAAUUUGGAAAUGAAGAAUCGAGAACUGGAAAACAAAUUGUGCGUUAACGACGACCAAUCACCGAUCGACUCGAACCAUAACGACCAGUGGACCGUGCUUGAUCGAGAGGCCGCUAUGAAGCACCUGGAGGCGAAGUUCUUGAAGACGAUGGAGGAUAUAGCGAAUUUGACUGAAGAGAAGCAGCGUCUGGAGCAUCUGGUUUUGCAGCUUCAAGGCGAAACGGAAACGAUAGGGGAGUAUGUGGCGCUGUAUCAGUACCAGAGGAGUCUUCUGAAACAGAAGGCCAUCGAGAAGGAUCAGCAGUUGUCGCAGCUGGCGACCGACAGGGAACAGAUGAAGAAUAAAUUGGAGAAGUUGAACGAGUUAGUGCGGAAAUUGGUUUUGGAAAAAGGGGCGGUUCCGCCGGAGUUGUGGGAGCACCAUGAUAACUUAAGUAGGGACAAUCAGUUGUGCGAGGAGCACGCCAAAAUCCAUAAUGAAAUAAAUAAAAUUGCCCAAAAUAGUUUUACGGUUGAACCUAGUAAUUGUGAUAGUAAUAGUAGUACGGAAACUGCGGAGCAGAUUAUUACGUUGUUGUCGGAAAUUAAGAGUAGUAAUUUGGUGCAACCUACUGAGAACUUCCAACAUUGUCCGUGGUGUUCUGGGAAACUUAUUACGGUGUGAAGGGGCUUCGUGGCUGUAUAUUGUGAUUUAUAUUACUAUUAUAUGGAAUAUUUUAAAUAGCUUGAUUAAAAUUUAUAACGCC